GUUCAUUGUGUAAAGAGGGCUUUAUUCAGCUGGCGUCGGGAUGAAGCCAUGACAUUAUACAAUAUGUAUAUAUUUUGGAAUUAAAGUGACACCGACUGCAUCCUAGCCAGACUAGUACUGUUUCUAUUGAGUGUCUCCAGUUCCAACUUGCUUGCCAGGGCGACCCGGGAGUGGGAAACUAAAUGGAUGGCAAUGCAUAGCUGACGAGCGUGCGUGCGCUGUAAACUUUACACUCUAGCGCCCUCUGCUGUAAAUUUGUCAUUUGCAUCAAGAAAUCUCGUAAUCGGCUGGAGGUCAUUUCAGCCACACGGCUAGCGAGCUAACAAACUACAUAUUUUAAAGUAUAAUUGGCGAAAUUGUCACCCAACUUCAAGGUUGCCAGCAAGUACUUAGUCGGUCGUAACUAUAUUGGGAGUAAUGUCGCAUUCAUCUUCGGGAUUCACAGACACGUCGCAGCCAUACGACGGGGCACAGCCCGAACAGAAUCCAGCGCUUACGGCAGGCUACGUACCUACGGAGGAAGAGAAACGAGUCUUUAAAGAAUGCAACCAAGAAAGCUUCAUGUACAGAUCUCUGCCGUUCUCUGCAGUGGCAGUGGGAGUAACUCAGGUGCUUGUUGCCAAAGGAGUCCUCGCACCCUCGCCACGCUUCGGGUCCUUGCCGAAAAUAAUUUUUGCUGGGAUGGUUGGGUAUAUAGGAGGGAAGAUUUCCUAUGCAAAGGUAUGCCAGGAGAAGUUCAAAAACCUGGAGAAUUCACCACUGGGUGAAGCCUUGAGACAAGGGCGUCGCCAGAUACCCCAACAGUUUGCUCCUCAGACCCAAUCAGAGAUGGGGGAUCCCCAGCAGGCUGCUUAUGUCCCUAUUCCUGCCUCAGACUCCUUCAGCAAUGACCUCUCCUCGGCCUAUCAGCCGCCUGCAUUCAGCGACUCUGCCCCCUCGGCACCUGGUGAUGACAUAAUCAACCCUCCAGCACCGUCGUACCUGGAGGAUGAAGGCCCCAGGAGGGACCCUGUUAUGUAUGAGAACCUCCGCAGCCGGAACCGAGAGCACUACGAGGUCAACAUGACCCAGAAGGCCGACGCUUCUCUGCAGCCUCGGGCAGGGCGGGCUGGCCCCCAUGCAGAAGUGAAAAAGAACAAGUAUGGAGACACAUGGGAUGAGUGAGUGUGUGUGAGUGUUAAAGAGAGAGGAGAGGGAGGAAUUUGUGUUAAAGAGAGAGGAGAGGGAGGAGUUUGUGUUGAAGAGAGAGGGAGCAGUUGAGAGCGGAAACGUUAGUGUGUGUCUGUUAGAGAAAGUGAGAGUGUGUAAGGAGAGAGAGGGAUGAUGUCUAUUAAGGAGAAAGUGUGUGUGUGUUGAGAGGGAGAGUGUGUGCUUUGUCAUCUUGGGUCAUGUGAUCCUCUCCAGACACCAGUCAGUACCUGAUCACCUGCACUGUGUUUGUCAUAAUGUGAUGCUGCUUAAUAAACCAAAUUGGUUUAGCCUA